GCCGGCCUCAGGAUUUUGCUGGUGUACAGAGACGGUGGCCGCGAUCACAUCCCAGAAGAGUAAGAGCCCCCAGAGGAAAGGAGCAUCCCGGUCUCGGCCUCAAUCGCCGUGGCCCGCGGGUCAUGGCCAAAGGAGAGGGUUCCGAGAGCGGCUCCGCGGCAGGGUUGCUGUCCCCCAGCAUCCUCCAAGCCGGCGAACGCCCGGCCCAGGUGAAGAAGGAACCAAAGAAGAAACAACAUUUGUCAGUUUGCAACAAGCUCUGCUAUGCAGUUGGAGGGGCCCCCUACCAAGUGACCGGCUGUGCCCUGGGCUUCUUCCUACAGAUCUACUUAUUGGACGUAGCUUUGGUGGACCCUUUCUCUGCCUCCAUCAUCCUGUUUUUUGGCCGAGCCUGGGAUGCCUUCACAGACCCUCUGGUGGGCUUCUGCAUUAGCAAGUCCUCCUGGACCCGCCUGGGUCGCCUCAUGCCUUGGAUCAUCUUCUCCACACCCCUGGCUGUUGUUGCCUACUUCCUCAUCUGGUUCGUGCCUGACUUUCCACGGGGACAGGCCCUUUGGUACCUGAUUUUCUAUUGCCUCUUUGAGACUCUGGUCACGUGCUUCCAUGUACCCUACUCAGCACUCACCAUGUUCAUCAGCACAGAGCAGAGUGAGCGGGACUCAGCCACUGCCUAUCGUAUGACCGUGGAGGUGCUGGGUACAGUGCUAGGCACAGCAAUCCAAGGUCAGAUCGUAGGCCAAGCGAAUGCACCUUGUCUCCAGUACCCUAGUGACUCUGCCCUGGCCUCAGAAAGUGGCAAUCGCACACAUAGCAUCUCUUCACUCAGACAAACGCAAAAUGCAUACUUGUUGGCAGCAGGGGUCAUUGCCUCCAUCUACAUUGUCUGUGCUGUCAUCCUGACACUGGGUGUGCGGGAGCGGAGAGGGCCCUGUGAGACCCAGCAGGCUGAGCCAAUGCCUUUCUUCCGGGGCCUUCGGCUGGUCAUGAGCCAUGGCCCAUAUGUUAAGCUCAUUGCCGCCUUCCUCUUUACCUCCCUGGCAUUCAUGCUGGUGGAAGGAAACUUUGCCCUGUUUUGCACCUACACCCUGGGAUUCCGCAAUGAGUUCCAGAAUCUCCUUCUGGCCAUCAUGCUCUCAGCCACAUUCACCAUUCCCCUCUGGCAGUGGUUCCUGACCCACUUUGGCAAGAAGACAGCCGUGUACAUUGGGAUUUCAUCAGCAGUGCCAUUUCUCAUCUUGGUGGCCCUCAUAGAGAGUAACCUAAUUGUCACAUACGUGGUGGCCGUAGCAGCUGGCGUCAGCGUAGCAGCAGCCUUCUUACUACCUUGGUCCAUGCUGCCUGAUGUCAUCGAUGACUUCCACCUGAAGCACCCCCACUCCCAUGGCACGGAGCCCAUCUUCUUCUCCUUCUAUGUCUUCUUCACCAAGUUUGCCUCUGGAGUCUCGCUGGGCAUUUCCACCCUCAGUCUUGAUUUUGCCGGGUACCAGUCAAGGGGCUGCUCCCAGCCACCAUCUGUCAAGUUCACACUGAAGAUGCUGGUGGCCCUGACACCCAUAGCCCUCAUCCUGCUGGGCCUGCUACUCUUCAAGCUGUACCCUAUUGAUGAGGAGAAGCGGCGGCAGAACAAGAAGGCCCUGCAGGCUCUGCGAGAUGAAGCCAGCAGCUCAGGCUGCUCUGACACAGACUCCACAGAGCUGGCCAGCAUCCUCUAGGCCACGGCACCUCCUGAAUUCACACACGGAAGGCUACAUCACCAGUCCAUGCAGGGAUCAGGACCACAGCCCACUUGCUGAACAGCUGCUCUCUGGGUGCCAAGUCAGGGACCAAAGACCGGAGCGUGUGCGACCCGGAAGUCACUCCUGUGCUUGAGGGGGGCUGACCAUGCUGCAGCCUCCCGCCUCCUCUGCCCACCCUCGGGGCCAAGCCCUGGACUGCUACUGUGAAUAUGCCAAGGACUGAUUGGGCCCAGCCCAGAACACUAGCAUAGACACUUUUUAUACAGAGACUAAUUAAUAACUUAAUGACCGUGUGUGUACAUAGUGAUAUGUGUAUGUAUAUGUCUGUGAGCUAUUAAUGUUAUUAAUUUUCAUAAAACCUGGAAAAUGCCUGUUUCUGCCUAGUGUAGCUAGUGUAAAGGGCACCAUGUGGGAGCUGGGCGUGCGCUGGGUAGAAGUACUUAUUUAACCUUUGCAACCAUUGUGCCAGGUCAGGGCUGCCCCUGUUUGAAAGAUAAGAAGAAAACAGCUUGAGUGCCAAGAGUAUGAGGCUAUAGAGUAAGACCCUGUUUUUUUUAAAAAAGGAAAAAGUGAUCUACAUGGAAAUCCAUCCCUUCCUCCAUGUCUGGAAUGACUGAGGGACUGGCAGACACUUGUGCUGCCUGCCCUGUAUGUGCCUGAACCAGCUGGGGAUGUGCAGUGUCCCAGGGGACCUGUCAUUCCUUGUCUACAAUUGGUGACUCCAGUGUUGAAGAGAGAUAGUGCACCUGCUGGGUGUGAGUGUCAGGAAGAAGCCCACCAGGGGCUGGGACAGGACUAGGGGCCCUUGGCCUGCUUUUGCUGUACAAAUACUCCCACCAUAGCCCAAUUUAAUAUGCCACCUUGGCAAAUUCCUAUUUAACAGUGGAUCCUAAUAAGCUCAUAGGAUCACCCCAGCAUACCACUGGGUCUCACACACGAGCCAGCCUCCAAAGUCCUAGGAAAGCAGAGCUGGCAGGAUCAGGAGGAACUACUUGAACACUAUUGUAUAGAUAAUAAAGUCCAGGGAGGUGUUAGGAAUAUUCAUAUUUUUUUGGGGGGGUAGUUCAGGCUGGCCUUAAACAUAGUAGUUCAAGGCUGAUAUCAAAUUCAUGACAAUCCUCCUGCCUCAGCCUCCUGAGUGCUGGGAUUAUAGGUAAGUGUCACCACACCUGACUUCAGAUUUGUUUUUUAACCUUGGAUGUGGGAUUCCAUUUUAGGUGGAAGAGGGCUCUGCUCUGACUGAUGACGUUCUACCAAGUCACUUCUAUAGAUGCCAUGAAGUGUUACCAACAGGUCCAGUUGUGUGUCUGCAAAUACUAAGCCAUUUAGCCUUCAGAACGUCCUGUGUGGCAGCUACCAUUGGCCUCAUUUUACAGAUGAGGAAACCCAGACACAAGGAAAUGAAGUAAGCUGCUGAAGGUUAAUAGGCAAGGAAGAACUGGAUAUAUCAGUCCAGGAGGCUUGUAGGUUAG